AUGAAGCGUCCAAACUCCCCACCGAGUCCCCGGGACAGCUCUCCCGCGGAAGAUAGCGACAAUCUAACCUCAGUACCGACUAUUGUUGACCGCGGCUCAGCACAGCAGGAGGCCACUUCCCAAGGCAACCUCAGUCGUCGACCGACCAACCUCGAUAACGUCGAGCUCGAGCGUAUCAAUACCUACCGUCUCCAGCAUAGAUCCACGGUCGGUUCCGGGCCGGGUCGCGCACCGCGAGAACAAUGGCUUCCAAUGGGUGCUGGAAAAGAAUAUCCGCCUGAGCUACCAGACCCAGAGCAAUUCGUCGUUGAAUUCACAGACUCGAAGGACCCUAUGCAUCCGCAGAAUUGGUCACUGAAGAAGAAAAUCACCAUUUCCUUCGUCCUGGCUUAUACCACAUUUGUCUCGUCGUUUGCCAGUGCCAUAUACUCGUCGGCCGUGACUACACUCGCACCAUACUUCCACAUCAGCACAGAAGUGGCUACUCUAGGUGUGACCCUGUACGUCCUGGGCUUCGCCAGCGGUCCAACAAUCUGGGCCCCGGCUUCGGAGCUGAUUGGAAGGAGGUGGCCCAUUAUAGUGGGCAUGUUUGGGUACUCGGUAUUCACGGUUGCGACAGCCACGAGCAAGGAUGUUCAAACGCUCAUGCUGACCCGGUUCUUUGCUGGAUUCUUCUCUGCAAGUCCUAUCGCGAUUGUGCCGGCGGUCUAUGCCGACAUGUGGAAUAACCAGACUCGUGGCGUGGCGAUUGCCAUAUUCGCUAUGGCGGUGUUUGUUGGUCCCUUCGCUUCGCCCUUUACUGGAGGAUUCAUCACAAUGUCGUACCUUGGCUGGAGAUGGACUAUGUAUAUUUCCAGCAUCAUGGGCUUCCUAGCCCUUGGCCUUUGUGUCCUCUUUUUGAGAGAAACGUAUGCGCCUGCUGUUCUUGUUGAAAAAGCCAUUACACUGCGCAGACAGACUCACAACUGGGGGAUCCGGGCUAGGCAGGAAGAGGUCGAAUUGGACUGGGAAGAGCUGAUCACGAAUAACUUUAGCCGACCGUUUCGGAUGCUGUUCACCGAACCGAUUGUGUUUCUAAUCUCGUUGUGGAUGAGUUUUGUAUACGGCCUGAUGUAUGCACUUCUCGGUGCAUAUCCAGUGGUCUUCCAAAAAAUUCAUGGCAUGAAUCUUGGAGUCGGCAGCCUUCCAUUUAUUGGCUUGAUCAUCGGAGAAUUCCUGGCCGGGCUGUAUAUCCUAUAUGAUCAAAAGUCAUACUCCAAGAAAUUGGCAGCAAACAACGACGUCCCCAUUCCCGAAUGGAGGCUGCCUCCUCUCUAUCCUUGGAGGCAUCUGCUUUACCGUUGUGGAGUCGCUACCGGAUUCGGGAUCUUCGUGAUCUUCCUACAGUGCUUCAACUACUUGAUCGACUCUUACCUCACAUUUGCUGCCUCGGUGUUCGCUGCAAAUACCAUCAUUCGAUCUUCUGUCGGAGCCGCCUUCCCACUUUUCGCGAAACAGAUGUUCGUGAACCUAGGAGUGCAAUGGGCUGGCACACUCCUUGGAUGUCUUGCUCUUAUUAUGGUCCCAAUUCCGUUGGCUUUUAUAAAAUGGGGGCCUGCUCUCAGAAAGAAGUCCAAGUUUGCCCCGAGCAUGCCGAGUCCGACCGAAAAAGAGACGAGCGCUACAGUCUAG